AUGAGUACUCUUAAGAAUAUGCUUACUUCAAUUGAAACUCAAAACCAUAGGUCCUGGCAAGAUGCCCUUCCCGAAGUCCAAAUAGCUUUAAAUUGUUCUUUCUGUCGUGUGACCAAGUCUAGUCCAUUAGAACUGUUGAUAGGGAAAACGGCGCGUCCAUUAAAUUUAAUGAUUCCAAACGGUGAUAGAAAUGAUUCUGUAGAUUUACCUUUGGUAAGAGAGCAGGCGGCCCAAUCAAUACUGACUCACGCUAAUACUGAUAAAGUGAAGUUUGAUAAGACAAAAGCUAAAAUUAAACGUUUUAAAGUAGGUGAUUACGUCCUUUUAGAAAACCAUGAACGUAAUAAAACCAAAUUAGAUCCCAAAUUUAAAGGUCCUUACCUGAUAGCUCAACUUCUAUGUGGUGACAGGUAUCUCCUGAAAGCUUUAGAUUCUAAGCGAACAUAUAAAUAUGCCCAUGAUCGCUUACGAGCCUUGCCCGAGUGUUAUGUUCCACUCGAAUUAGAUCCUAAUCUUAUUGGAUGCGCCGCUGACGGCACAAAGCCGACGCUAACGUCAGUUAGGUUGUCGAGUGGGGUUGCGAGUGGCGCCAACGUCGUAGCAGUCACCAAGGUAUAUAAAUGGGAGCAGUCACAUUGUAAGGGCAGUGUUCACUUGGACACGGUGUUGGACGCACACUCGCCAAUCCACGUGGCUCAAAUUCGUAAUUGCUAUUCCAUAACACAACAAGUACGACUUCAUCCAAUCCAGAAACCCACGGCAGCAUUUCAAGUAGUACAUAUGGACAUUACCUGGAAAUUAGGAACUAGGAGUAGUGAAGGAAGUCUUGCAGCCUUGAAACGAUUAGUACAUCUUUUUGAAACACCAGUUCAGAUCAUGGUUGAUGGAGGUCGAGAGUUUCUGGGUGAAUUCAAAGUUUAUUGUAACCGCUUUGGGAGCAACAUACAUUCAAUCGCACCAGGAAUAAGCCGAGCUAAAGGACAGCUUGAAAGUAUCAUGAGCACUUUAAAAAAUGCCCUAACUAAUAAAAAUUACACUACCGAAAACUGGCAGACUGCUCUUGAAGCAUUGCAACUCUCGUUUAAUUGCACGCCUCAUAGAGUUACUGGAGUUGCACCUCUAACUCUUCUCACUCGUCGGCAGCUUUGUGUGCCAUCGGAACUAUUAAGGUUAAUUGAUUUUGAGAAUGAAUUUAUAAAUUUUGAUGUAUUGGAGGAAUAUGUGCAACAGAAAAUGUUGGCUUCGGCGGAAUAUGAUAAACAGAGUUUUGAAAAAAGUAAGGGUAAGCUACGUUCAUUUAAAAGAGUUGACUAUGCACUAAUCAAAACUAAUCCUUGUAAACAAACUUCUUUGGAUCUGAAAAAUACUGAACCAUACGAAAUAUACAAAAUAUUGGAACAUGAUCGUUACAUGCUAAAACGUGUAACCGGUAGAGACCGGCCGCGUAAGUUAGCUCAUGAUCAAUUACGUCCAGCACCAAAUCCAGCAGCAGCAGGAACCGUGUCGGCGGAUCAGAUUGAUGAUCCUCCACAUUACGACAGUCCAUUAAAUGUUGAAGCUUCUGAAAAUUUAGAAGUUGAAUCCAAUGAACGAUCAAUAAACUUGGUCCAACAUUCAUUGCUUAGUAAAGUAUCAAUUUAUUGACAAUUGUCUUUAUCAAAAGAUCUCUCAAGUUGAGGAACUUGACAUGAGGUCAAUAAAAAAAAUAUUUAGAACCUGUACUAAAAUAUUACCUUUCUUCAAAUCUUUAGAGCCUCUGUGGACCACGGACAAAAGUCCCAGACCACAGCAUCGACCUACCUCAAUCCCUUAGAGCCCCUGUGGACCACGGCGUACAAGACCGCCCAGACCACAGCAACAUCAUAAAAUCAAUAUCCUCUGUGGACCACGGACAAAAGUCCCAGACCACAGCAUCGACCUACCUCAAUCCCUUAGAGCCCCUGUGGACCACGGCGUACAAGACCGCCCAGACCACAGCAACAUCAUAAAAUCAAUAUCCUCUGUGGACCACGGCGUACGAGACCGCCCAGACCACAGCAUCGACCUACCUCAAUCCCUUAGAGCCCCUGUGGACCACGGCGUACGAGACCGCCCAGACCACAGCAACAUCAUAAAAUCAAUAUCCUCUGUGGACCACGGACAAAAGUCCCAGACCACAGCAACAUCAUAAAAUCAAUAUCCUCUAUGGACCACGGCGUACGAGACCGCCCAGACCACAGCAUCGACCUACCUCAAUCCCUUAGAGCCCCUGUGGACCACGGCGUACGAGACCGCCCAGACCACAGCAACAUCAUAAAAUCAAUAUCCUCUGUGGACCACGGACGAAAGUCCCAGACCACAGCAUCGACCUACCUCAAUCCC